CACAUCAGACGGUGAGAAGAGAUUUUACUCCUGGGGAAUUUUGUGCCUGUCCAAUACCAUCAGUUCUAAUUUUCUUUUCUUCUGAGCAAGGAUAGAGAUCGAAAACAUACAUACAUACAUACAUUGCCAAUGGAUGCCAAUCAGCAAUCUGACCAUUCCGAUGACGAAGCAUCAGCGGUAGCCCUUCCACAACAUAUCAACGCCACCAGUGAGCAUGAUUGUCCUUUGCCAGGGACUGUUCCUGUUGACCUUACUGUUCGGGAUGAUGGAGUCAUGCAAGAAGAACUGUCGCUAGACGAAGGAGCCGCGGGUUUGGUUAAUGAAUCUGAAGAUCAACAGUCAAGGGUGUUGGAAUCAGUCGAGUCAGGACUUGGCAAUGUUCUAUUUGACGUAUGGUGCUCAACACUGUUACCUUUGCUGACAAUUCCGGACAUCUUUCAGCUGUGUGGGGUUAGUAGACACUUGCGGGAGCUGCUACACAAUGAGUACACAUUCAAGGGUCUAUGUCAGCACCGGUAUCAGCUCAGUCCGUAUUUGGAGUUCUCCUACAUUCAGAGUGCCAAGGUCAUGUACAUCGCCACUAGGGUGGCUAGCCUGUAUGAGACCGAAGGUCGCUUUUGCAUGAAGGGCGUGAUCGUUAGCAAUAAUCCUUAUGUUUACAAACUCAAAAUGCGAUUGCUUGGGCGAUUAUCGAGCCUGGUGCUGAGGCUGCCUGAGAACGUGAAUACACCUCCUAGCUGGACCAGCACUGGGCAGUUGAUUUCACUCGCACAGGAGCAUUGUCUGUUUGCGGAGGAAGCUUGUACUUACCUUCCCAACCUUUCACCGACGUUGAUCAAACAAAGAUGCAAUGUUGACACAGUUUUCGGUGCAACAGUGUAUAGACUUCAAGACGUGGUGAAUUUAUCGUUUGAGAGGUGCAGCUCCAUUGAACAGUAUCAGAGAGGUAUCAUCAAGGAUUUGGAGAAGGAUGUUUCGGAGAUGGUUCCACACGUGUCCUCCGCGAACAGCUAUAGCCGGCUAGUGUGCAUUGCGAAAGGUUACUACAACACCGCGAGGCGAGAUGCGAUAGUGAUCUCAUCACUAAUGGAUGAGUAUUAUACGGCUCAUCUCACAGAGUACUUAGCUAAUCCUUGGACCCAUAACCCCUUCUAUUAUUGUGGUAUCAUGUAUGCGAACAUUGAUGUGGCGUACGAUGACAGAUGGGCCAGCCGACACUGGAUUCACGCAACUGGAAUGGUCGCAAAAAUGCACUCUGUGAUCAAUCUGCUGAUCAAAGGCAUCCUACGCACAGAACAGGCUGUGGAUUACUUCACGGCUAUCUUGGAGUACACCAAGCUCUGGAAGAGUUUGCCACAGUCCAGUCGCCCCAGGCGUGACGAUCUAUACAGUGGCUUGGGUACCUACAUACUUGGGUCAUCACGAGCGUCUGAUUCGAAAAGGAUGAUGAGCAGCGUCGAAUUGCUUGACGCGAUGCAACGAUAUGGCAGUGAACUUGCUGCCAAUGCGAGCCCGAAAAGCUAACUUUUAUCUUUGUUUCGAAUCCAUCUUUUGUAGAAAGAAAUGAAUGCACAUUGUGUCGUUUGCAGUCUCUCCAUGAUUGUCUUGAUUGUGGAGCUGACCGAGUUCGCUUGCCUAUUUUGUCAGCAUUGCAUUGUUUCUUCUCCGCCAAAAGCUCCAACCAAUAUUAUAACUCACUUUCACUCUUUUUUAAGUUUCUUAAGCAUGAAUCAUUCACUUCCGAUACUGCUCAAACAGCUGUUUUAUUUGUGGACCCCCGUUACCAGUUUCUAGUUGUUCUUACACUUUGGAUUUGUUUCAUAGUCUUUCUUUCCAAGGUCACAUGUAUCUCUUAUUUUGGCCUUGUACUUCUGAAGUAAUCAUCUCUGCAUCCAACAUUUUGGCACCCUGCCAUAGUGGACCCAUGAUGAUAACAAAGAUUAAUAAUGUUGCCUCCUGUCAUUAGUUUGUAUGGUCGUAGUAGUUCAUGAUUAUCAGCUUAAAUUUUUAGUGACCAUGUUGGCAAGGUUCAGUACAAACUGUACUGGCUUUUGAUUUUGUGGGUAUAUUUACCCUACAUUCAAAUAGCU